AUGGCGAGCACGAUGCCUGUGGACGACAUGGAGGGGAAUGAGUUGUUGCAGCUGCUCGAUGCAUACUGCUGCAUGAGGUCAGGGCAGAGGUCCAAAUGGGAAAGGAUCAUCACCUGCAGCGAUCGCAGCAUGGACACACCAGCAUAUUUUGAAGGAUUGGAGUCAGACUGGAGUAUGAUUGAGUUCGAUAGCAUGAGCUUACCAAAACGUGAAGGAUUGGAUUCAGUCAGAGGAAGGAGUCGGUCCAACAGCCCUCGUCACACGGGCAUAGAAACAGAUCAUAUAGUAUUCCAGUCAGCAGGUGGGGCAGGUAAAUCUUCAGACAGGACUCGGACGGUCGUGGCAGGUCGGCUCGUGGAGAUCGCUGACUCGGCACCGAUCCCCGACAUGCAUGUUGAAGACCAAGACGAAAUCGUUCAGAGACUGGUGACGUUGCUGAAAUCAUCUGGGGAUAACAUCAAUGACAAGAUCAAGCAGAACCCGUUCCUCCAGCAGCAGCUCAGCUCCAUGACCUACGACACGUUUGCUAAGUUGACCUCCAGCGUGCAGAGCCUCGUCCAACCGGAGGGCCGGGCGGCGGCGGCGGCGGCUGCAGCGUCUGAUAGGAGGAUCCAGCAGCAGAAGAUCGCCUUGGCCUUCGAGGUGACCAGCAGGCUAUCGGCCAUGGAAGUCAUCCCAAGGAGGAGAGUGCUGAGCUUUGCCGAUCAGUACAUCCAGCAGCAUCACCAGGACUGGCUGCAGCAGCAGGGAGGCUGGAAGGAAGCGUUUGAAAACGUCGACUGAGCUGCGACUGAGAGGAAGAAAACCUGCAAGGAUGCGAAGGUCAUGAUGCUGUGAACAUCUCUAACAUUUCAUUUAGUUUUUACCUUUUCAAUCAGAUGACUUUUUUUUUUUUUUUACACUGAUUUUUUUAAGAGACAGGCGGUAAAACGGCUUGUUAAUAGACAGAGGCUGAACUGAGGGGGCUGCAAAACGGGCCAGUAUAAGAUAAAUAAGGAGUUUUUAACUGUGAUAUUCCUGUAGAGCCCCAAAAUAUAUAAAUAUA